AUGAGCGACCUUGAAGAGUCUUCGCACAAUGGUGACGGUCGUGCCGGGCUGCCGAGCAGCUGGCACUACCACAGCUGGAAUCUCUUCGGUUGGAAGCUGCCUUACUACGCAUCUCCUACCACACAAAUUCUGCUCCUUUCUUUCACCUGUUUUCUUUGUCCGGGCAUGUUCAACGCCCUGUCUGGCCUCGGAGGAGGAGGUCAAGUCAAUGCGGAUGUUGCCAACAAGGCCACGGUCGCCCUUUAUUCGACCUUUGCAACGACUGCCUUCUUUGGCGGCACCGUAUGCAACCUUUUGGGUAUUCAAAAGACCCUUUUCGUUGGAACUAUCGGAUAUCCUCUUUAUGUCGGCUCAUUUCUCUCCUACAACCAUAACCAGAACGAACCAUUCGUCAUCAGUGCUGGCGCCAUUCUCGGAAUCUGUGCAGGCCUCCUCUGGACGGCUCAGGGAGCCAUUAUGAUGGCAUACGCAACCGAGGGUGAAAAGGGCCGCUACAUUGCCAUCUUUUGGGCGAUUUUCAACGCUGGUGCCGUCAUCGGAGGUUUGGUACCUCUCAUCCAGAACAUCUCGUCGACCCAGAGCUCGGUUGGGGAUGGUACCUACAUUGGCUUCCUGGCUUUGACUCUUGUUGGCUGCUUUAGCUCCAUUGCCUUGUGCAAGACCCGCCGUGUCAUCCGUCCAGAUGGAUCGACCAUCGCCGUUACCCAACAACCCACAUGGAAGAGCGAACUUCUUGGAGUAUGGAAGGUUAUCCACUCUCAGCCGGCUAUUCUCUUGCUUUUCCCCCUCUUUUUCGCCUCAAACUGGUUCUACACGUAUCAAUUCAACGACGUGAAUUUGGCACGGUUCAAUAUACGCACACGGUCAUUGAAUAACCUGAUGUACUGGCUAUCGCAGAUCAUCGGCGCCUACAUAUUCGGCAUCCUGCUCGACCUGAAGCAGUUCCGGCGACGCACUCGAUCCGUGGGUGGCCUCGCUGCCCUCUUUAUAACUACCAUGGUGACUUGGGGUUGCGGAUACGCCUUCCAGAGAACCUACACCCGCGAGUCCGUUGCGAGCGGAGAAACUCCCCACAUCGACUGGACCGACGACGCAUUCCCUGCGCCUUUCGUCCUGUACUGGUUCUAUGGUUUCUUCGAUGCUGUUUGGCAGACAUAUGUGUACUGGCUUAUGGGAGCUUUGACGAAUUCCAGCAGUCGCCUAGCCUAUUUUGCUGGCAUGUACAAAGGCCUCCAGUCUGCCGGCGCUGCCGUCAUGUACCGACUCGACAGUCUCGAGAAGCCGUACAUGGCCCUGUUCAUUAGUAACUGGGUCCUUCUGCCUGUAAGCUUGGUACUCGUCUUCCCUGUGGCCUACUAUAUGGUUCAUGAACAUAGCGAUGUUGAGUCGGACCAAGAGCCGGAGGUGUCUGCCGGUGUGGAGGCCGAGAAGCCAGCGGUGGAGAUCAAGUCCUAG